AUGGAAGAGAAAUAUUUCCAGCCAGAACUUUUGCUUGACAGUGGAAGUAUGAUUCAUCUUUGUUCAUCGGAAUUAGCUGAGAAGCUUCAUUUGCAAAGAGAAAAUGUAAACCUAUCAGUAGGAUGUUUAUCUGGGAUUUCAACAACGGUGAAAUCAAAAAUAAGUGCGGUUAUUUUAAAUAGAGGAAACACAUACAGUCGUAAACUAGAUUUUUUCGUAAUUCCGAAAAUUACUCAUUUGAUGCCUUCUAGACAAAUUGAUGUCUGUAAUAUUGAGAUUCCACAAGGAGUUACGUUAGCUGAUCCAGACUUUCACAAACCGGGUAAAAUUCAGUUACUUUUAGGAUCUGAAAUAUUUUUCGAUUUGAUAAGAUCCGGGCAAAUUUAUGUACCAAAUACAAAUUUAGUGUUACAAAACUCAGCAUUUGGGUAUUUGGUAAGCGGUAGCAUUGAAGAUUUACCACAUGAGAAACAAUUAAUGCAUUGUGGGUUAAUUUAUGACAAUGUCGAAGCACAGUUGAAAAAAGUUUUUGAUUUGGAAUCAAUUGGUAUCAGAGAUGAUCCCAAUUCUUACGAUGAAGAUAAAGCAUUAGAGAUAUUCAACAAAACUGUUAGUUUCAAAGAUGGUCGUUAUAUUGUUAGUCUGCCUUGGAAGAAACGUUGGGAACAUUUAGGCGACAAUUUUGGUGUGUCGCAGAAAAAAGAAUAA